AAGCGCCGCUGUCUGUGAUUGAUUAUUAUUCCUCCUCAGGUGGUUGCCUAACGACGAGGUAUUUUCCGUUAUUUUUAAAUCUCAGUUGUUGUUUGAUUCCGAUUAAGCUGUUGAAUUAGUGUAACUAACAUAUCCGGAUUAAAUAUGUCACAAAACGAUAAAACGUGUUUGGUAAGUUUGAAUUGUAUCGUUUUUAUUGUAUUUUAAUGAAGAUACACAUUGGAAAACAACAUAACAGCGACCGAUAUUUUUUAAUAGCCGGGAGAAAUACUACACACAUGCUGAGGAGAAUUUAAAGUUGUAUAAUAAUGAUCCAGUGCUCCGGUUCUUCAAAGCUUUUGCGACUCUGAUGGAAGGUAACACACAAAGAUGCUUCGAGAGAGCUUCUUCAGCUGAGAGAUCAUCCUCAUCCGUCUCUGUGUUCAACAGUGGCUCUCAUACACACACAGCAAACCUCUGAAACGAUUGGUAACUCUGCACUUCACUCAUUGAACCCAAUGACUGAUGAAUGAAGCUUUGAUUCAGUGUCUCCUCUCAUCCACAUCAGAUCUAGAUGAAGCUGUGGCCGGAGACAGAGCCUUGUAUUACACAGCACUGCUCUUCUGGAUCCUGGAGCUCGAUCUCAGAGCCAGGACAUGUGUUGGAAAGAUGCUGAAACCCUAUGAAAGCUCCCCGGAGGGGCUUAUUCUGAAGGGCUGGAUGAUGUUGACCUCUGACACGGAAGAGGACAGACCUCAGGCUAUACGCUACUUUGACAGCGGUGUUCAGGACACUGGGAUUGUAUUUGGACUCAUGGGAAAAAUGGAGCAUGAUGAAACAUCGCCGAUCAGAUCCUCGUCUCUCAUCCAGACUUCAUCCCGGCGCUCCUCAGGUUUAGAUGUUCCUCAGUGCUUCUGCUUGACAUGUGCAGAGUUCUGGAGAGAGAUGAACGUGAAAGAGCGUCUUCAGGCUUUAAUGAGUGCGGUCGAGAUCUCUGAGCCCUGCAAUCCCAGCAUGCAUCUGGAGAUCACCGCAGCCAUCAGCCGACUCAUCCAGUUUAUACGCUUAUUUCUGUCAUUUAAUAGGUUCAGUAAAUCAGGCUUGUUUAUUAAGACUCGCUCGGGGAGUGUUUGUGUCCCUAAGGUGUGGACACAUCCCAGAGAUCCUGCAGAUGCUGACAGUGUUUGUGCGUCUGAUGUCUUCUGUGAGCUGGGAUAUCUGCUCAAUCACCAGAACAAGUAUCAAGAGGUCUUUAAGUGCUACUCUACAGCGCUGAAAACAGAGCCCGAGUGCAGCUCCGCAUUACUGGGUACACACGAGGCCGUUCAGCGUUUCAAAGACACACCGGAGGAGACGCGUCUCGUGCUUGCUUAUGUGGAUCUGGCUUUAGUGAGAGAUGACGUGGAUGCCGCUGUAGUAAUGCUGCAAAACAUCUUCAUCCAAGCCCGAGAGAAGAUGGCUCAGAUAUACCUGGAGAGGAAACACAAGGAGAAGCUUUACAUCACAUGUUACAAGGAAAUAAGUGAGCGGCUUCCAGGACCUCGUACUAGGAUCUUGUUGGCUGAUGCCUUCAUGAAGAUCCAUUCACUGCAGAGCAUCCGCUGAUGAGACACUGAUGCAAUGCUACAUUUCUACAAACCUGAUGAAGAA